UCUGUCACUAGAGAUACAGCAUUUUAGGAUUUGCCUGUGCUGUUUGUCAAGCUUUGCAGCCUUCACUUUAAUCUCUCAGAAUGGUUGUCUUCUAAAGAGAGGUCAUUCUAAAGCCUAGACAGAUGAAAACAAUCAAUAACCCCACAAUAGUCCCAAAGGCGAUGCUGAAAACUUGGAGAUGAUACACAAACCACACAUUCCUUUUGGCUGUUGGCUGCUGCAAUCCACUAUGGUUAGAAAGGAUGAAGAUUAAUAAAAUCUACUUCGAAGAUCUGUUUUAUUAAAUAAGACAAAAUAUGCAUAUUGCCUGGCACAGUGUUGGAACUAAAUAUACACUCCUUCCCCCACAAUCCUGUGGCCAUACCUGAGACUGGAAGACCCAACCCUGAGUUUAGGAUCCAGCGAUUUCUUCUAACGUGCCAAUCAGGAGUAUGGACAUAUAGCGCAACGUCUUCAGGAAGGGCAAAGCGUGGAAGAGAGAAAAAACAAGGUGGGGGAGGCAGGGAGACCGCCCCUGGACUACAUCUCCCGGGAUGCUCAGCAAGAAGGAGCGCCACGCCCCACCCGGCCCCUCCCAACCGGCACAGCAGGCGCUGCCCACCCGGUGGUGCCCAGCGGCGCGCUGAGGCUACAAGUGCCACGGCUGGGAAUCGGGGGACUUUCCCGAGGAGCGGCGCAGGAACGAGCGCGGUGCUCGAGCCGCACGUGGUGGUCAAGGCAGGGGAAACUUGCCUUCUUAUUUGAGGGAUCCUGUCACAGAAAUGUGCGAGUCCUUGGAUAAAUUUGGCUUGGUGACGGCAAUGCUUCCUUCAGAGACACUGCUACUUCCUCUGUGCUCCUUUUCUGCCCUGACCUAAGUUCCUCAGUGUCAGUCCCUCUGCUAAGUCAGAGGAUUUGCCCUUUUCACACUUUCUUGCCACUAGGUCUCCUCUCGUUUCUUGUACCCCUUUUAGGAGGAACUGGGGCUGGAAGUGUAACAACUGUGGCUGAACAGGAGAUGGGGACCCCAGCAGCGAUACUCCUGGUAGUGCAGCCGUAGGUCCCGUUGGGUUCUUACCUGUGUGGUUUUUGGCAGAAUUUUCGGAAGCCGAUGGGGGAUGUCUGACUAACUCCGAUGGAGCUCCACUACCUUGAGAAGAGGAGCAGCCAGGCAGUCCUGUGUGAUGCUGUGGACUGGCAUUCAGGAGGGCUUCCUGGUGACCAGGCAGAUGCAGCAGCCGUCAAAGCUGCUCUCUGCUGCCAGAGACACUGUGUGUCGAUGCCAAGAGCAGCUGAGAUGGAAGGGUCUAAUCUUAGCCCUUCUCCAGCAUCCCCCUCCUCCUCUCUGCAAGACACUGUUAUUCAGACAGACUCCUUGCCACCAGGGCCUCUCAACUCAGGGAACAACCAAAUACUGGCAGGACGGAAAGUCUGCAACUGCUGCAGCCAGGAAUUAGAAACUUCUUUCACCUGUGUGGAUGAGAAUGUCAACUUAGAGCAAAGGAACCAGUGCUCCCCUUCAGCAAAAGGGAGCAAUCAUCUGGGAGACCUUGGCUGGGGAAAUCCAAAUGAGUGGUCUCAUGAGGCUGCCAUAUCCUUGAUAUCUGAAGAUGAAGAUGAUCUAAGUUCAGAAGCCACGUCUUCAGGGAAGUCAGUAGACUAUGGGUUCAUCAGUGCCAUCUUGUUCUUGGUCACUGGCAUCUUGCUGGUGAUCAUCUCCUACAUUGUCCCACGGGAAGUGACUGUGGAUCCCAACACCGUGGCGGCCCGGGAGAUGGAACGCUUGGAGAGGGAGAGUGCAAAGUUGGGGGCUCACCUGGACCGCUGUGUGAUUGCAGGACUCUGCCUGCUCACACUUGGGGGGGUCGUUUUGUCCUGUUUGCUAAUGAUGUCUAUGUGGAAAGGGGAGCUAUAUCGUCGCAACAGGUUUGCCUCUUCCAAAGAGUCCGCAAAACUCUAUGGUUCUUUCAACUUUAGGAUGAAGACCUGCGCUAAUGAAAAUACCCUGGAACUGUCCUUGGUAGAGGAAGAUGCUCUUGAUGGACAGAGUUAAUUCUGGUUGUGAGCCUACUGAGAGUCUGCAUUAGCAUUUUAUAUGAAAACAAACAAACAACCCACAUUUCUUAAAAUUAACAGUACAGUUUAUUUGCUUGGCAAGAAAGGCUUAUUUCCCAAACCAACAGCCAGUGAGUGUUUUUGUUCUAGAUGUAUUUUUUAUUUAUUUAGAAGAAAAGCUAUGUAAGAUGCAUUAAGAAACUACAACCAGCUACAUCUGUCCUUCUAAAGAACUGAGAUUAAUUCAUCUAUAAUGGCCAUCAGCUUCUAUUUCACUUCUAUAGCAAAAUAUUUCUAACAACCAGUGUACAAAUGAUUUCUUUUACAUGGUAUGGGGAAUUAUUCUGUGGACAUUAGUAGGUCCUACACACAGUAGGAUCAAUUAGGUACCUAUUUUGUGAAAAGGAACUUAAGCACUAAUCACAUAUUAAGGCUUACCUUUAAUUCUCAAAGGUGCUUAUCCAUUCUCUUGCUAAAUUUUUUCUUCUUCUGAUUUGGCUGAACAUUAUAGGGUUUUGAAUUUGAAUAUUUUGAAGCUUGAGGAUGUUGAUUAUUUAAAAAAAUGCAAAAACACAUCUGUUAUAUUUAAAAUUAUUCCUGUGCUCAGAAGUGGUAACUAAGUCAUUAGAAUAAACUUUCUAGUAAAAGAAAAAUAAUAUAAAUCAUUGUAAGACCAAUCUGAAUUUAACCCAGAAUGGUAGUGCCAGGUAUUAGCCAGUGUUGCAUGCCCAUUCUCUAGAUGAAGUAAAAUUAGUUGCUUAUAUAAAUUUCAUUUUCCAUUUGUGCUUUAGCCAUCAGACUGGCUACCUAGACUCUAGAAGUCUUUCCUGGUUCUGACACCAGAGAGGCAAAGCAUAAGACAUUUUUAAUAUGUUUCCAGACAUAUAAACCUCUAGGCAGGUCUGAGUCAUGACUGGCUCACACACCCAGGUGAUGUUUUGUUGUUUGGAGAAAUACAAUUGCAAUAGAAUUGCAGCUAGACUCUUAGAGACUGUGCCUAGAAGUUGGUUUCACUUCUCUAGGCCAAGCAACAAGCCAUUGCCCCAGGAUGGCAGCAGUCCUUAAGCCCAUAGCCAAAAAAUUAGAAGAGUGAGAGAGAGAGUAAACGCAGUGAUUCAGUGGGAACUGUGUCCUCACCAAAACACCAUGUUUCACCAAUAAAUAAAACAAAACUCAGCUGAUCCCACUUAGCUUCUAAGAACAAGCAUGAAUUUUUUUUUAAUGUAUUUUUUAAAAAGACACACAACUCGGCGCUUGGGU